AUGGAUCCCAUUGCGGUUUUACAAAAUAGACUAGAGCAGUUGGAAGCUAAACUGGGCUUGGCUCCGAAUUCGUUACUGGAGGGCCAACAUCAAGGUGAUACAGUAACUGCAAAUUUGUUAAAUACCGCUCAAGCAAUAAAUAAUGCUACUGCUGGUCAUGAGAAGUUGUCUGAAGCUAAAAACAUGGCCAAUGAACUAAACAACUACACUGACCCAAAUUUUGUUGAAAACAUGCAACAAAACAACAUGAAUAUGCAUGAGGUAGUUGCUGCAGAGCCAGUCAUUAAACAUCAUUGCCACUGUAUGCAUAGAUGUAAGCAGGCUGCCCCGGUAUUAGAAUCUGAAGCUCUACAACAAGUCCCCCAAAUGCAAGAAGCUGUCAACAACAUGCACAUUGCAGCAGCAGAAGUCAAAGCUGAAGCUGAUGUUGUAUCCCAAGGAGUUCAUGAAUUAGCAGAAACAUGUGGUGCUGCAGCUUCAAAUGCAUCCGAACAACUAGCCAAUGUUGCUCAAAAAGUUGAGCAAGUUGAGCAAAAAAUGUUUCCAAGGAGACGAAAUGGAUUGGAUUAA